UUGGCCGAGUUUCAAAUAUUACGAGAACAAAUAAUCCGAGAGCGGCAUUGUAGAUCCCUCCACUCUUCACAAGUGACGAGCUCAAAAACUCCGUCGCCGAACCAGAGAGAGAGAGAGAGAGAGAGAGAGAGAGAGACGCAUCUCGCGGCGGCGGAAGCGAUAAUGGCGCCCACCGCCGCCGCCGCGGCCUCCGCCGUGCGCGGCAUCUCGCAGGAGGCCUUCGAGGCAUUGGUGAGGGAGAACAUGGAGGAUCUCGGCAUGGACCCAGACGAGGCCCUCGACGACGCCCUCCAAACCCUAACUCUCCAGGGCGUCGAUCUCUCCGGAAUCGUCAAGUGCAUUCCUGGGGUGACUAGCGUGAAGGAUAAUCCUGUGAUCCAGACGAUUGAUAGGUUAAAAAGCAUUAUUACUUCUUUGGUGUCUUCUGAAUCGAGCGAUUCGCCAGAUGAGAAAGUUGAUGAAAUUGUUGAGCUUCUUGACAAGCUAUGCGAGCUAUGCUCUGCAGAAGGAUCGGACGGUGCAUCCAUUGUGACAAGGAAUGGAGGAGUAGAACUCCUCACCAAACUAUGCUCUUCACUUGAUGUUAAAUCUGAGAGAGCACUUGUUUCAACCUUGAAGUCAUUGAAUUCUAUCAUCCGUGAUGUUCAAAGUACAGAAACAUUCCGGCAAUGUGGUGGGCCCAAAAUCGUCAUGGAUAUUCUACAUAGGAGCCGUGAAUAUCCAAACCUCUUGGAUAGCGGUUUUGCUGUCGUUGCUGCAGCCUCAAGUGGUAAUGAAGUUGUAAAAGAAUCAUUGAUGGACUUGAAAGUGGAUGAACUUAUUCUAGAGAUUCUGAGGGAGCCAUCCAAAAAUGAACUACGCAGCUUGUAUGAUGCCAUACGCGUCCUUUUAACACCUGAUGAUAGCCGUGUUGCAGCAUCUCAAGUGUAUGGAUAUGCUCGAAGAUUUGCAAAAAUUGGAAUUCCAGAUGUUCUUGUGAAUGCACUUCGCAAGGGAGUCAGUUCUUCUAGUUUGCCCUCCGCAUGUGCUGCUUUAAAGGCUAUUGCUGUCAAUGAUGAGAUUUGCUUGUCUAUAUCUGAAAAUGGUGGGAUUGAGGUCACUCUCCAGUUCAUUGACAAAAGUGGUGAACAAAACAGCAAAGUUGUAGCGAGAGCUUGUUGCUCUCUGUUGUCUAAGCUAGCAGGAAGUGAUGCAAACAAGACUGCUAUUGUCCAGCAGGAUGGUCUAAAUAGACUAAUUAAGUUAUCAUCCAGAUUUUCUGAAGAUCCGUCUGUCAUACAAGAGGUUAUGAAUGUUAUUACUGUCCUUUCACUGAGGUUGCCAGAAAAUGCAGCCCGUGCUAUUGAAGCAGGUGCCGGAGAUCUUGCAGUACAAGCGAUGCAAAAGUUCCCUGCUUCCAAUCAGAUGCAGAGGCAAGCUUGUCUCAUGAUCCGCAAUCUUGUGGUUAGAAACCCAGAAAACAGGACGAUCCUUCUAAACAAUGGCAUUGAGAAACUCAUUAGGAAAGCAAAGGGGACCCAUCAGAGUUGCAAGGAUGCUGCAACUGCUGCACUGAGGGAUCUAGGGUUGGACGACUACAAUGCGUAGUCAAGGUCUUAUGCCAAGCUAGAUUGUUUGUAACUAGUCGUUUUUGUCAAGGUGUCUCGUUGGUAUGUUUUUCGCAGUUUUUUAAUGCAGGUUUUAUUUACUGAAUGAUCCCUCAAACACCCUUGCAGGGCCAUUGAUCUAUUCUCCUAUUGAGAUGGAACUUAAAUCUUCAGAGGGAGUAUUAGUGCUAACUAAAAUUGUCAUUACUAACAUCUUUUGGAAGCAUUUUCAAGCUAGAAAGACAUUA